AUGAAUGAACUUUCAAAAGAUGAGCCUACCAAUGUAUCAGAUGCACUUAAAUAUCAAGUAUUGAAGGAUGCCAUGUCUGAUGAAUACCGGUCCAUUCUAAAAAAUAAUGUUUGGGAGAUUGUUACCAGGCCAGCUGGAAAAUUUGUUGUAUCUUCCAAAUGGCUCUUCAAGAUCAAACAUGCUGCACAUGGCACCAUUGAGAAACACAAGGCCAAAUUUAUAGCCAGAGGGUUUUUACAAAAGGAAGGAAUUGAUUACGAAGAAACCUUUGCACCUGUGGCCAGAUACACCUCAGUAAGAGCAGUCUUUGCCAUUGCUGCAACAAAAUGA